AUGCUACUGGAAAAACUAAAGAAAAAUAUGAAGAAAAAUCAUCCAACAUCAAUGAGCCUAAUUAACGCAUACAGUAAUCGACGUCGUCCUACUAUUAUCAGCAGUAUUCCAGAAGAUUUUAAAUGCACUGAACUAAGUAAAAUGGCCAAAAAUGAAUCAACCCGAAAAUUAGAACAAAUCGAUUCCAACCAUAUCAAUGAAAGAGUCGAAAAUUUACGAAAACAGGUUGAAAAAGCAAUGAAUGAUUUACCGAAUCAAUCACCAAGAAAAUCGUUCGAUUCCAAAAAUGAAAAGAAUGAAUUAUUAAAUGGGAGUAGAAAGCUUGCUGGAGCUUGUAACGCAAUGAUAAGUGAAAUACAUAAUACUGGAAGUGGAAAAAAUUGGUCACAAAUAAUCGAAGAAGUAUUAGAGGCAGCUGAAGAAGUAACUCAAAUAACGGAACGAAUAAUUCAAAAAUCAAAUUCUAUCUUUCAAGCACAACUAAUGGCCACAAAAACUGAACAGAUGCUUAAAUCACUUCUGGAGGUGUUACAAAGUGCCCAAGAAGUACAAACGAAAGAUAGCGACAGCAUGAAACUGUUGACAGCACGAAGCACAACGCUAACAGCAACUGUAAGACAGCUGCUAUCAACCGUACCAUAG